UGUUCCAGUUGGGCGGAACAAGGACCAUCGGAUUUGAUUCUCUCGGUGACUGUCGACCAUGGGGACUCUGGCCUUCUCCCUGCUCCUGUUUCUGGAGGUCCCUCAACUGCCGGGGUCCAGGGCGGCAGGGUCGCACUUUCUCCGCUAUUUCUUCACGGGUGUUUCCCGGCCGGGCCCCGGACUACCCGCAUUCACGGCUGUCGCCUACGUGGACGAUCAACAGCUCGGCCACUUCGACAGUGACGGGGGCAUGUCCAUCCCCUCGGCCUGGUGGAUCUUGGAGACAGACGUGGGCGAUCAUCUGAAGGACCUGAAGAGAAUCGCCACAGGACUCGCCAGGGAUUCUCAAGACUCCCUGAGGGAUCUGCCCCGCUACUACAACCAGACCGAAGGUGGGUCUCAUUCCAUUCAGACCAUGUUUGGCUGCGAGGUGGAGGACAACGGCACAGUCAGGAACGGUUACUACCAGGUCGGCUACGAUGGACAAGAUUACAUCGCCCUGGAAAGAAACCAUAAGAAUAUGACCUGGGUGGCCGCCGAUACCGUGGCCCAGAUCACCAAGAACAUGUGGGAGGAGAAUGAGAAAUUCAUCAGUCGACUGAGAAACCAUCUGGAGUGCGAUUGUCCCAAAUGGAUGAAAAUAUACCUGCGCCUCGGAGGGGACAGUCUCAAUCGGAAAACACCCCCCUCUGUAGGGCUGACCCAUCACCCCAGCCCUGACGGGGACGACGUCACCCUGCGGUGCCGGGCCCUCGGCUUCUAUCCGUCAAGGAUCAGGAUGAGAUGGCAGCGGGAUGGGGAGGACCUGACCCGGGACACGGAGCAAGUGGAGACGCGGCCCGGCGGGGACGGAACCUUCCAGACAUGGACGGCGGCAGUGGGGGUGCCCCGCGGUCAGGAGAGGAGAUACACCUGCAUUGUACAACACGAUGGCCUGGCCGAGCCCCUCAUCGUGCGCUGGGAACCAUCUCCGCCCAUCUCUGGAUUUGUGGCCAUCAUCCUCAUCCUCACUGCAGUGAUCCUAGGAGUCGUCCUCUGGAGGAAGAGAUUAGGUGGAAAGGAUGGGAAUGACAACUCGACUGACACCUGAAAUGGAUGCCCACGUGGGACAGAGAGAACAGAGAAUCUUGCUAUCUUUUACCCUCCCCAGUCCCAGAGUAUGUAUUUUAUCACUUUCAAAUUGCAUCUGAUUCCACUCUGUGUAUCAGUUGAUUUCCUCUUGACCUAUGGUUUGUACAUUACCUGUGAGUGUUAAUUAAUACUUGUGUUAUUUAUUAAACACUUACUACAUGCAAAGCACUGUGCUAAAUGGUCAAAUAGAUACCAGAUUAUUAGACCAGAUUCAGCCCCUGUUCCACAGGGGGCUCAGAAAAACAAGUCUGGGAUGCCAUCUGUCAACAGGCUGGCGUUGAGCUUCCUCUGAUGGACUUUGAGACAGGUUACUGCAUCGCUAAAAAACUAGCUUUCAUUUCUCCUCCCAAAUUUUUGGGAGUAAUAUCUGUUGUGCACUUUCUAGUCACAGAGUGAUUUCCAUUGAUAAAAAAACACUCAAAAACAAAACUAAACAAAAAAUUGUCUUGGGCAAAGUUGCCUAUUUUUAGAUCUGGGGAAGCCCUGUAGCCUCCCUGAUUCAUGUUUACUGUCAUAGUGUGGAAAACUUGUCUGUUUUGAAAUAUGGAAUCAUGUACAAAUUGAUGGAUUAAGGGCAAAUGUAAAUUAAUAAGUGGUAAUGCUCUUUCAAUGAAUUAUUGGAUGAAUUUAAAAUAUCACUCAAUACAGUUUGAAACUAGAUCCCUCUUUCCUUAAGAUUACUGCACACUAGUUUUGGUAAGGUAAAAAUGCUUCCAUAAUAUCCUAUAAAUCAUUUCAAUUCCUGAA